GCAGACGCCGCCGAGUCCCAGGCAGAAUGUGGGCUCCUCUACACAUGCGCAAGAUCUUUGUGGGUGGGAUUGACUACACUACCACAGAUGAAAGUCUCAGGGAACAUUUCUCAAACUGGGGCGAUGUGGUGGACGCUGUAGUGAUGAAGGACAUGACCAACAAUAGGUCGCGAGGGUUCGGCUUCGUGACCUUUGGCAGUCCAGACCAUGUAGACGCGGUGCAGAAGGCUCGGCCACACAAGGUUGACGGCCGCCUGGUGGAGACUAAGAGAGCUGUGCCAAGAGGGGAGACAAACAACUCAGUCCUCCCCACCUCCUCCCAUCCUGACCCCACACACACCAGGAUCUUCAUUGGUGGCCUGCCACAGGAUGUGAAGGAGGAGGACUUAGAGAAUUACUUUGCAAACUUUGGUCGAGUGACUUGCAUCAACAUCAUGUACGACAAGAACAGCGGCAGACACCGAGGCUUUGCUUUUGUUGACUUCAACGAUUAUGACCCUGUGGAUAAAGUGCUAUUGACGAGGAACCACUCCAUCAAGGGGCGGCUCAUUGACGUGAAGAAGGCCAUAAGCAAGUCGGACAUCAGCAAGAUCAAGAGCCUCAUGACGGGUGCCAUGGCUGGCCCAGAGGCGGCCUUCCUGGCCAGUUUUGGCGGUGGUGGCGGUUCCAACGACGGCACUCCCGCCUCCACCCCCAUUCCCCCUCCCCUCGGUGCCCUGCCCCCUGUGGCCGGUACCUCAGGUGGUGCCUCUAUGAAUGGGUCAGCAGGGGGCCGGCCGGCAGCCCCAGGCACCGGCACAGGGGCCAGCAGUGGUGGUGGUGCCAGCCCUGGUGGCAACCUGCCUAUGCCACCCAUGCCACACCACUUCUUCCCCCGCCUGCCGCUGGCUGGCCUGCCGGGCUUCUCGGCACAGUUGCGCUCCGGUUGGCAGUACAGUCUGUCUGGCAACGCUGAAGUGCUGCGCAACACUGCUGGAGCCAUCAGCACACGACCCUCCGGCGCCCCGGCCAUCGCCCCAGCAGCAGUGGCGGCAGCAGCCAUGACGCAGGCCAAUGCAUCGGCACUACUGGGGGGUGGCAGCGAGGAGGAAGAGGAGGAGGAGGAGGAGGAGGAGCAUGUGAUGGACAUGGAGGAAGGGGGCAGCGAGGCAUGGGAAGGGACCAGGGGGGAGGACUCCUGCCCCCCCAGUGCCAGGGUGCUGUUCAUUGAGCCCUUCUAUGGUGGCUCUCACAGGCAGCUCAUCGCAACACUCAGGAGUGAUGACAGUGUGAUAGGGCCAGAGGAGGCAGCACUGUUCACGCUGCCGAGCAAGAAGUGGCACUGGAGAGCUCGUACUGCUGCACUCUAUUUCUACCAAAAGAUCCCUAUUUCUCACGUCUUUAAGGUGAUGUUUGCCUCGUCCACCCUGAAUCUGUGCGAGCUGAUUGGCCUGCGUCCGGACCUGGCCCCUGUCAAAAAGAUUCUGUAUUUCCACGAGAACCAGCUGGUCUAUCCCGUCAAGAAGCAGAAGGACAGGGACUUCCAGUAUGGCUAUAAUCAGAUCCUGUCCUGCCUGGUAGCAGACGUGGUGGUGUUCAACUCUCAGUACAACCUUGAAUCGUUCCUGCGUGAGAUGCCCAGGCACCUCAAGCUCCAGCCGGACCACCGACCAGACACACACAGCUUGGUGGAGGCUGUGCGGGCCAAGUCCAGGGUCCUGUUCUUCCCUGUCAACAUUUCUCACAAGACUCGCUCUCCCAAAGACGCCCUGGAGCCCCUGCACAUCAUUUGGCCACACCGCUGGGAGCAUGACAAGGACCCCACAACGAUGUUCAAGGUGUUGUUCCAGCUGGCGGAGGCUGGGCUUAACUUCAGAGUGUGUGUGUUGGGCCAGUCCUUCUCCGAGAACCCACCAAUCUUCAACGAGGCUCGCCAAAGACUGGCUAACUUCAUCACUCACUGGGGAUAUGCCGAGAGUCGGGAAAAGUACUGGGAGCUGCUACACACUGGAGAUGUGGUGGUGUCGACGGCUCACCACGAGUUUUUUGGUGUUGCCAUGCUGGAGGCAGUGGGUGCUGGCUGCUUCCCCAUCUGCCCCAACAGACUAGUCUACCCGGAGAUAUUCCCACAGGAAUGUCUGUACAACACCACACAGCAGCUGCAGAAGAGCCUGGCCCAGUGGUGUGCCCGGCCCCAGCUGGUCCGCUCCAAGAAAGUGAACCUGGACCUCAAUACAUUCUCGUGGGCCACCCUCAAGCAACAGUACCGAGACCUGCUCACCUAA